AUACAUUUCAGAAUCGCAAUCUCCUCAAUUUCCACGUUUUCGUCUUCGUACGAAGCGCGCAGAUGCAGACAGGCGCGAACUACCCCUGCAUGCCAGUAGAACAAGUCGCGCCCUAAACGAACGGCGCGAGCGUCAUGGCGACGAGUUGGAAUAUCGAUCGUGGACCAGUGGGAUGCUGGCCGCCUGACGUUUCGCCGAUCGUGCGCCACCAUUCGGCACGCUAAGUGUUUCUGUUAUCUUGCCUUCUUGGCUUUUUUUACACCUCUUACUUGUAAAUUUACUGCCAAGGUACAUGUACCAAAGGGUGAGAGCCUACCGCAGGGAGUGCUCGCGAGUGUUCUAUCUUUGCACGCAUUUGUAAACACUGCCGAAAAAAAUGCGGACGUCGGUGCUAACAGUUUUGCUCAAUGUCUUCGGUAUCGCUUACGGGAGCAAAGUUUUCGAAGCAAAUCCCGAUACAAAGAGACUCUACGACGAUUUACUGUCCAAUUAUAAUAGAUUGAUACGUCCUGUUAUUAAUAAUACAGAGACUCUAACAGUUUGGCUGGGAUUAAAAUUAUCGCAGUUAAUAGAAAUGAAUCUAAAGAAUCAAGUGAUGACAACCAACGUCUGGGUAGAACAGAAAUGGUUUGACUAUAAAUUACAGUGGGAUCCACAGGAGUAUGGUGGUGUAGAUAUGUUAUAUGUGCCUUCCGAGAACAUAUGGCUUCCGGACAUUGUUCUAUACAACAACGCGGAUGGAAAUUACGAAGUAACAUUAAUGACGAAGGCCACUUUAAAAUAUACUGGCGAGGUAUCUUGGAAACCGCCGGCCAUUUAUAAGUCAUCCUGUGAAAUCAAUGUGGAAUAUUUCCCGUUCGAUGAGCAAUCAUGUAUUAUGAAAUUCGGCUCGUGGACUUACAACGGCGCUCAGGUAGAUUUGAAGCACAUGAAGCAGGAACCUGGUAGUAAUCUUGUUGCGAUCGGCAUAGAUCUCACCGAUUUUUAUCUAUCAGUGGAGUGGGAUAUUCUGGAAGUACCAGCAGCACGCAACGAAGAAUAUUAUCCAUGCUGCGAAGAACCUUAUUCAGAUAUUACAUUCAAUAUUACGAUGAGAAGAAAAACUCUAUUUUAUACCGUCAAUCUUAUUAUACCCUGCGUUGGCAUCACGUUUUUAACAGUGCUUGUUUUUUAUCUGCCCAGCGAUUCCGGUGAGAAAGUAUCAUUAUGCUCUUCCAUUCUCCUUUCAUUGACGGUGUUCUUCCUGCUCUUAGCCGAGAUCAUUCCGCCAACAUCGUUAGCUAUACCGUUGCUCGGAAAAUAUCUAUUGUUCACUAUGAUUUUAGUCACUCUAUCUAUUUGGAUUACUGUCUGCGUCUUGAACGUACACUUUCGAUCUCCUUCCACACAUAAUAUGUCACCUUGGGUGAGACAAGUAUUUCUAAAUUGGAUGCCGAGAGCAUUGAUGAUGCGUCGCACGCCGUAUUCUACACCAGAAUAUGAUGAUGCUUAUAUGGAUAGCGGAUACACUAAUGAAAUCGAUUAUAGUGUAAGUGACUAUCCUUUAGAACUGAAAGGAAGUCCAGAUGCAUUUGAAAGUGUUACGUCGACAUACAAAAGCAUUAGAGAUGAUGAUGCACGACACGUACCGCACGCAUCAGUUACAGACAGCGAGAAUACAAUGCCAAAACAUUUAUCUCCAGAUGUCAUAUCAGCUCUUAAAGGCGUGCGUUUCAUUGCUCAACACAUAAAAGACGCAGACAAAGACAACGAGGUUAUAGAAGAUUGGAAAUUCGUAGCUAUGGUUUUGGACAGAUUCUUUCUUUGGAUAUUCACUAUCGCGUGUAUUGGGGGCACACUGGGAAUAAUAGGUCAAGCACCUAGUCUAUACGAUACGCGGGAACCUGUGGACCAACGACUUUCUGCUAUAUCAUAUCGCAAUUAUAUGUUACCACCGAAUGGGACUUUUGAGGAUUAGUUAUCAUGGCACAUAUAAAGUGACAUGGUAAAAUUCGCACUCCGCAUUCCGUUAAAACAUGUUCGACAUCCUCCCCCCUCUCUAUCUCUCUCAAAAAAUUUAUGCAUAUUUUUUCAUAUAAUUCAACUAAUUAAUUUUCAAUUUUUCUCAAAUAGUUAAUUUUAUUAAGAGUAAAUAUAUGAUUACUGCAAAUCUAUGACAUCAGGGUAUUCAUUCAGUUGACACAAAAAGAAAAUAUCAAUUAAGGUAUGCAGAAACUUUUUGGAGCAAUCAUUCGGUAUAAUACUAAACAUCAUAAACAACAUUCUUCUUUCACUUAGUAUCUUCGAUCAUAGAAAAAUGGAGAUUACAGUUAAGAUAAUUAGAUCUGUUUUUUAUACUUACAUUAUGUUACAUUUUUUUAUAUUUAAAAUAAGUAUCUAAGUGUUGAAAAAUAAAAAAUGAGAAUAUAGAAAAGUUAACUGCAAAGAACAGAUCUAUUUAUUAAAGCUUCUAAUCACUCAACAGUAUGUUUUUUUGUAACAUAUUGUGUUUUCCUUAGCUCAAAAGCUCAGGUUCACUUAAUUGGUAAAAAUAUUCUUUCAAUGCAAAAUGUUCUCUCAAUAGAUGUGAUUUCUUAAUAAAUAGCAAAUUUUUAUA